UCUUUUCUCUCAACAACCACAAAAACCCAACACACACAAACACAAAUUCUCGUUCCUCGAAUCGAAUCAUCGUCCAAACACGACACAACAAACCAUGUGCCCUUCUGGUCGCCUUCUCAACCCCCACGCCACUGUUGCCGAUUUCCGGCCCGCAUUCGAAGUCCUCGACGCCGAUCGCGACGGCAAAAUUAGUCGCGACGACCUCCGCGCCUUCUACGCCGGCGUUCAUGGCGGAGUCGCCGGCGGAGAUGAGCUGAUUGGGGCAAUGAUGACCGUGGCCGACACCAACAAGGACGGGUUCGUGGAGUACGAGGAGUUCGAGCGCGUGGUGACGGGAAACGCGGAGACAAUGCCCGUGGGUAGUGGAGCCAUGGAGGACGUGUUCAGAGUCAUGGACAAGGACGGCGACGGCAAGCUCAGCCACCACGACCUCAAGACUUAUAUGGCCUGGGCCGGUUUUCCGGCCACUGACGAUGACAUCAACGCGAUGAUACGCUUCGGCGGCGGCGACAAAAAUGGCGGCGUGACGUUCGAUGGUUUGCUUCGUAUUUUAGCGCUUGAUUCUGCCGCUGCUAAUUGAUUAAUUUGUUUAAUCCGAGAACAUGUUUGGGAAAUUGUGUGAACAAUUGAAUACAAAAUAAAGUUCUGUUAACGGUCAUAUCACAUUUUUCCUGGGUUCGUGUUCAUAACUUUAUUUGUGUGAGGAGAACAUUUGCUUUUGUUUGAGAUUCCUCUGCCAGCGAUGUUGCAUGCGUACUUGCAUAUGGAGUAAACAAAAUUGUUAAUGUUAUUUCAUUAUAAUAAAUAUUAUUAAGGACAAGGUUUGGUUCA